UCCGCCCGCGCCUCGCAGGCUGCUGCUCUCCGCGGCAGCGGGCGCCUUCCCGGGACGGGCGAGUGCGGCGGCUCCCUCCGCACCUGCCCCGGAGGCUCCGGGACCUUUCCGCGGCGCUGCGCUCCGCCGUCUCCAGGAGCUGAUAUUCAAUGGCUGGAAACAGAGGUGCCAAGAGGCCGAAAUGAAUAUGACUACUAUCCUACAAGAGAUUUUGAUUAAAAGAUCACAGCAGAAGAAGAGGACUUCUCCCUUAAACUACAAAGAGAGGCUUUUUGUACUUACAAAGUCCAUGCUAACAUAUUAUGAAGGUCGAGCAGAGAAAAAGUACAGAAAAGGAUGUGUUGACGUUUCAAGGAUCAAAUGUGUAGAAGUUGUUAAAAAUGAUGGCAUUAUUCCUUGUCAAAAUAAAUACCCAUUUCAGGUUGUGUAUGAUGCUAAUACACUUUAUAUUUUUGCACCAAGUGCACAAAGCCGGGAUCAGUGGGUGAGGAAUCUGAAAGAAGAAAUAAAGAACAACAGUGACAUAAUGGUAAAAUAUCAUCCGAAAUUCUGGACGGAGGGAAUUUAUCAGUGCUGCAGACAGACAGAAAAAUUAGCACCUGGCUGUGAAAAAUACAAUCUUUUUGAAAACAGUAUAAGGAGACCACCCUCUCCAAUGCCAGAAAAAAGUAGGCGAAGGCCUCCACCACCUGUUCCGCCAGCUGAAGAAAAUGGCAGUGAGGAGGAAGAAAUAGUGGUAGCAAUGUAUGACUUUCAGCCUACAGAGCAUCAUGAUUUAAGAUUAGAGAAAGGUGAAGAGUAUGUGAUAAUUGAAAAAAAUGACAUUCAUUGGUGGAAGGCAAGAGAUAAAUAUGGAAAUCAAGGAUAUAUUCCAAGCAACUAUGUAACAGGAAAGAAGUCCAACAACCUUGAUCAAUAUGAAUGGUAUAGCAGAAAUCUGAACAGAAGCAAGGCAGAACAGCUGCUUAGAAAUGAGGACAAAGAAGGUGGUUUUGUGGUGAGAGACUCAAGUCAGCCAGGCCUGUAUACAGUUUCCCUUUAUACAAAAUUUGGAGGAGAAGGUUCAUCAGGAAUAAGACACUACCAUAUAAAAGAGACAGUGACAUCACCAAAACAGUUCUACCUUGCAGAAAAACAUCUUUUUAACUCUAUUCCAGAAAUAAUUGAGUAUCAUAAACAUAAUGCAGCAGGUCUUGUUACCAGGCUACGCUACCCAGUGACUCCGAAGAAGACAACAGCACCAACAACUGCAGGGUUUAGUUAUGAGAAAUGGGAAAUUAAUCCAUCAGAGCUGACCUUCAUGAGAGAACUGGGGAGCGGUCUCUUUGGAGUCGUGCGUCUUGGGAAAUGGAGGGCGCAGUACAAAGUAGCCAUCAAAGCAAUUCGGGAAGGUGCAAUGUAUGAAGAGGAUUUCAUUGAAGAAGCUAAAGUGAUGAUGAAAUUAACACAUCCGAAAUUAGUGCAGCUCUACGGUGUGUGCACACAGCAGAGACCUAUUUACAUAGUGACAGAAUUCAUGGAGCACGGCUGCCUGCUGAACUACCUGAGGCAAAAACGGGGGCUGUUUAGCAAAGACAUCCUGCUCACCAUGUGCCAAGAUGUGUGCGAAGGAAUGGAGUACCUGGAGAGGAACAGCUUCAUCCACAGAGACCUGGCUGCCAGAAACUGCUUAGUGAAUGAUUCAGGAGUGGUCAAAGUGUCUGAUUUUGGCAUGACAAGGUAUGUCCUUGAUGAUCAAUACACAAGCUCUUCAGGGGCUAAGUUUCCUGUGAAGUGGUGUCCCCCAGAAGUUUUUAAUUAUAGCCGAUUCAGCAGCAAAUCAGAUGUCUGGUCAUUUGGUGUUUUAAUGUGGGAAGUGUAUACAGAAGGAAAAAUGCCCUUUGAAAAAAGCUCCAACUAUGAAGUGGUAACUAUGGUUAGCCAAGGACAUCGUUUGUAUCGGCCAAAAUUAGCCUGUAAGCUGGUGUAUGAUGUCAUGAUGAUGUGCUGGCAGGAGAAGCCGGAGGCACGGCCCACUUUUGAAGACUUGCUUCACACAAUCAUAGACAUUGCAGAGGGUGAAGAUGCUUUCUGAAGAAAAACAGCUGCAGCCCAAGUACAGGAAAGAAUCCACGUCUGAGAGAUGUAGCCUCCCGUCUUUUUUUUUUUUUUUUUUAAAGGCUUGAUCCCGUAAGCUGCUGGAUGUUGGUAAAGAAUGUGGGGAGCCUGUAACGUUGCGGCACUUCAACCCAGGAAGCUCUAUGUGAUGCCAGAAAAACAUGUGCGAUACCCUCAGCAAUACUAGCAGUCCCUGUAUUCUCGCUGUAAAGUCAGCAUCGCAUAAUGGACAAACUGAGCUCUCUGUGGGGAAAGAGAGGGAACGCGGCCAAAGCCCAGGAGCUUAGUUUGUGUUUACUGGGUUGUGUUUAUGUAUAUACAGUCCGUGCUUCUGAGUUUCUCUUUACUCAGGCAGUAGGAAUGGUAGUAGUAGCGAUUUGCAUACUUUAAAAUUGAAGGUAUUAAUUUCUAUUUUUCUAUUAAUAGCUAGUUACUGACAUUGAAGUGUUUCCAGAGAUUCUCCAGAAACAUUACUUUUUCCUCAGUUGAUGAUUGUUCUGUGACACAUCAAGAACACAAAACAUGCCUCUUUCCUUUGCACGCAGUGAGUUGCCAACCGUGCAGUCAUCAGUUUGGUGUAACACUCGAAAACUUUGCCAAAGAACAGAGCAACGAUAUGCUGAGACCUUCUAGGGCCUCUCAUCAGCCAAAGACUCUUCCAAGAUUAGUCUUAACGUUAGUUAUGAAAAAUAAAUCCAGCACACCUGGCUGUCAGUGUACUAUAGUACCUUGUUUUUGAUUAAUUAUAAAAUAAUUUAUAUGCUGUAUUGUAAAUACAUAAAUUCUAUACACUUAUUUAUAAAAAGUAUGAGUGUUCUCCUCUUGAACUUUUCAAGUACAAGUUUGUUCUACCUUAACUUACAUACACAACUCAAUAUAUUGAGUUUGUAAAUGAAAGAAAUUACACCCUCGUGUAUUACAGGAGAGCUCCUUUUCCUAUCUUUGUCUUCUGUAUGUACAAUCUAACCUUUCCGUUUGUAAAGGAAAAUGUCGUAUUGUAUGUGUGCGUAAAUAAACUGAGCGUUAACUGUUGUUUGUAA